GUGUCAAUGCCAUGCUCAGGAAGGUGGCGGUGGCUGCCGCCUCCAAACCCCACGUGGAGAUCCGCCAGGACAGGGACCAGUUCUACAUCAAAACUUCCACCACUGUCCGCACGACCGAGAUCAACUUCAAAAUCGGGGAGGACUUUGAGGAGGAGACGGUGGAUGGACGAAAGUGCAGGAGUUUGGCCACUUGGGAAACUGAAAACAAGAUCUAUUGUAAACAAACUCUCAUUGAGGGAGAUGGCCCCAAAACAUACUGGACUCGAGAAUUAGCUAAUGAUGAGCUGAUUUUGACUUUUGGUGCUGAUGAUGUUGUGUGCACGAGAAUUUAUGUAAGAGAGUAAAAACACCAAUUUACUUGUCACCUGGGAUGGAGUGGAGAACUGUGAAAAUCCCCAGUAUAACGAGUAUCUGUGUGUACUGUUACUAAUGCGGUGUUGUACGUGGCCGUCUGUGUUACACCUGAACCCAUAUCCUCUGAUAAGUGUAUUUUGCUUUCAUUUUUCAUUGCAGACACUAUCCCUUCCCGCUUUUAUGCCAUCAUUUUCCUUGUCUGCUUUGUAUUUUGUAGUUGUCACUUGCUAUGGUUUCAUCAAUUAUUAAACUUACUGGGCAUAACUCACAA